AUGGAUUCAAAUGACUUGGAAAAUACGGAUGUAGCAGUUGGAAAACCACUUCAACAACAACUACAUCAACAACUACAUCAACAACAACAACAACAACAAAAUUAUCUGCAACAACUACAACAUCAUUAUCAAGAUCAUCAACAACUACAACAACAACAACAGCAAACACAACCAGCGAAAUGUCUUUCGGCGAAUAACAAUGUUUCUCAAAUCACUGAAUUAAAAAGCUCAAAAAUACAAAAUGACGAAGACGACGAUGACGUUGUAGAUUAUGAUAAUGAUAGUAACAAUAGUGAUGAUGAUGAUGAUGAUACAGAUGAUGAUACAGAUAGUGAUGAUGGCAUCAAACAGUAUGAUAAUCAUGAUAUCAAAGGCUUGGAUGGUAUCAACGAAAAUGAUAAUAAUAUCAUCGGUGAUGAAUACGAUGAUGGGGAUUUUGAGAGCGACAAGGACGACAACAACAACAACCACAACGACAAAGACGACUACAAAGUUGAUGCUGAUGAUAAUGAUGAUGAAUACGACGGUGACGAUGACGUCACCGAUGAAGAUGAUGAAGAAGAACGUGAAGAUGAUGACGCGAAGCUCGGCGCAGACACUCUUAUCAUUGAUAUUUAUAAUAAUGAUACUAACCACAACAACCACAACAACCACAACAACCACAACAACCACAACAACCACAACAACAACAACAACAACAACGAUAAUAAUAACAGUGAUGAUACAAACAACAAAAAUAACAAUAAAAACGAUAAUAAUAGUAAUAAUAAUAAGAAACAAAAUGGUGAUGAUGACGACGAUGAUGACGAUUGUGUUCAUGACGUCAUGACGGGGAUGGACUUAAUGAGCGCAGACGCAGACGAAGAAAUUAUUGAGG